UGACGCCAAACGGCAGGGAUAGGCGAGAGUUCCAGAGGACUCAGCGUAGUGCUGCUUCAGUUUAGUGAUUGUCUUCACUGAUACAAGUACUUUUUUUAACUGGUGGAACAUCAGAAAUGGCCCGUGGGCACCAAAAGUUCCAGUCCCAGCAGAAAAACGCCAAAAAGCAGGCAGAGAUCAAGAAGAGUAAAGGCCAUGACCAGAAGGCUGCAGCUAAGGCUGCUUUAGUAUACACAUGCACCGUGUGUCGGACACAAAUGCCCGACCCGAAGACCUUUAAGCAGCACUUUGAAAGCAAACAUCCAAAGUCUCCAAUGCCCCCAGAGUUGGUUGGUGUGGAGGCGUAAUGGAUUAACCUCUUUCUGUAAGGCAGUUGGAACCAACUCAGGACAGGCUUCUACAUUUUGAGGUGUUUCAGAUAAUCUUCAGUACAGCUUCAGUUAUUGCUCAUGAUGAUUAACUGAUGUAUGGGUGUGCUUAUGUAGGGAUUUUACACAAUCAAUUGGACUGAAGACAGCUACCCUCUCUUGGCAUAAAUGUAUGUGUUCCACUUUUGAUUGUAUGCAAUAUUUGCAAAAUCUGAUCAUUUCAAAAUGUUAUGCUCACAAGACUAGCUUGUCCAUGGGCUCCACCACCAUCUCAGGUCUCCCACUGUUUCACAGCAAGCUUUGAAUACAAGAUGAAUUGGCACUGG